CGAUCCCGCGCUGCCCGGCGGGAGGGGCCCGAGCCCGCGUUCCUCCUCCCUACCGGUCCCCAUCCUUAAAGCAAGAGUGCGAACGCCCCGCCUGUUGGAGAGGGCGCCGGGAUCCGGACGGCAAGCAGCCGGGACAGGGCCGGGGCAGGCCGACCGACGAGGGCCUGAGGGGACAGAGCUGCGGCGGCUGGCACGCGAGCGUGCCGGCCCUGACCGAGUGUUUGCGGGAGCUCUGAGGGGAGGGGUCCCGGCGCCAUUGCUGGCGGUCGUCGCGCCGCCCGCUCCCAGGUCCUCCCUCGGUCGCUCUCCUCCGGCUGGAAGGAGCCGUGCUCGGGGCCGUCGCCAGCACCUGGCUCGGUCUUGAGAAUCGGGCGCCUCGGCCGCCGGCCCGCAGCUCCGUCCGCCGCCCGCGCCGGGCAGCCGCGGCCGAGACCAUGUUUGACAAGACGCGGCUGCCGUACGUGGCCCUCGAUGUGCUCUGCGUGUUGCUGGCUUCCAUGCCUAUGGCUGUUCUAAAUUUGGGCCAAAUAUAUCCAUUUCAGAGAGGCUUUUUCUGUACAGACAACAGCAUCAAGUAUCCGUACCAUGACAGUACCGUCACAUCCACUAUCCUCAUCCUAUUGGGGGUUGGCUUACCCAUUUCCUCUAUGAUUCUCGGAGAAACCCUGUCUGUUUACUUUAACCUUUUGCACUCAAAUUCCUUUGUUAGGAAUAACUACAUAGCCACUAUUUACAAAGCCAUUGGAACAUUUUUAUUUGGUGCAGCUGCUAGUCAGUCCCUGACCGACAUUGCCAAGUAUUCGAUAGGCAGGCUGCGGCCUCACUUCUUGGAUGUUUGUGACCCAGAUUGGUCACAAAUCAACUGCAGUGAUGGGUACAUCGAGAACUACGUAUGUCGAGGGAAUGCACAGAAAGUUAAGGAAGGCAGGUUGUCCUUCUACUCGGGCCACUCUUCCUUCUCCAUGUACUGCAUGCUGUUCGUGGCACUUUAUCUCCAAGCCAGGAUGAAGGGAGACUGGGCAAGACUCUUACGCCCCACACUGCAAUUUGGUCUUGUUGCCGUGUCCAUUUAUGUGGGCCUUUCUCGAGUUUCUGACUACAAACACCACUGGAGUGAUGUGUUGACUGGACUCAUUCAAGGAGCUCUGGUUGCAAUAUUAGUAGCUGUAUAUGUAUCAGAUUUCUUCAAGAAGAGAAAUUCUCCUUUUAAAGAAAGAAAAGAGGAGGAUUCGCAUACAACUCUGCAUGAAACACCCACGGCAGGGAAUCAUUACCGGAACAGUCACCAGCCUUGA